AUUAAUAAUAACAUAGUAAGUUAUUAUAUAAGAAACAGUAAAAAGACGAUUUAAUAAAAGUUGCUCUUUAUUUAGUUUAUUUUAUAGGAUAUCAGUCGUUGUAAUAUAUUCAUAAUGAAAGUGAUUGGGAUUAUAUUUUUUUCUGCAGUUAUUGUAGCGGCUUUUGCAGAGCGCUCCUGCCCUGAGAUACCUGGCGUUGGUAUUUUGAAUCAUGGAGAAGAGGCAGCUGGUCCUGUAGGGGAAUGUAUACACCUUACAUGUGAUGAUGGAGAUUAUAUUAAGAAGACAUGCUCCACAUCCACUGACGCCAAGUGCAAUGAGACACCUGGGGAUCCAACAAAACGUUAUCCAGAAUGCUGUCCUUAUUUUAGAUGUCCUUACUAAUUAGAUAUGUAAUACUACAUUUGAAGAUGUAAUUUUUAUCCCUAAUAUGUAUAAUACAAAUUAAAUAUAAAAUUUAUUAGAAAUUGUUACAUUUUAUAAUAAUAAUAUUAAUUGUCUAAAGAAUAAAUAGCUUGGGAUUGUUA